AUGCAAAAAUCAAAUUCUACGGUUGAAUAUUUAGACAAUACUUUGCCAAAUGUUUGGACACUUAAUGGCUUAGCGGAAUGGGACAAUCAACAAGUCUCAGAUGAAGUACGCAAGAAGGCAGAUGAAUUGUACAAUGAUCUGAAGGAAAGACUUUGGGUCGUCUGGGUGUUGAACUUCGGGUUCGCUGCGAUACUAAAUUCUAAAACAAAUUACUUCAUCGCAGCACAUUACAGGACUUUGGAUCGUCUGGGUGUUAAACAUCAUGUUCACUGUGAUACUGCAUUUUCUAAUAGUCCCAUCUUCGUAACUUUUAG